UUCUUUUUUAUUUUAUUUUUUUUGUCAAAGCUAAAACUAUCAUUUGAAGGCAAAAAUAUCAUAGCUUUCUCUCUGAAGGCCUAUUGCGACGACGACCAUCUCCUCUUAUCAUGCCGGUGGACAUCUCUGCUGGGGUUUUUCGGCCUACAUUUCGCGUUCCUUGGACGUCAGAUGAGCAUAACCAUGUUUUUCCAUUGUCUUCUUCGAGUCUUCUCAAAGUCAUCAAAGGAGAUAUCACCACAUGGUUCGUGGAUGGCCACUCCGAUGCUAUUGUUAAUCCAACAAAUGAACUGAUGCUUCCAUGGGUAGCAAGUGUGGAUUUAGCUAUACAUAGAGCUGCCGGACCACAACUGGAAUUUGCAAUCGCUGACAUCCCUGAAGUCCAAUCUGGAGUCCGUUGCCCCACCGGCGAAGCAAUAAUUACGCCGGGUUUCAAAUUGCCUGCAUCCCGUGUGAUUCACACUGUUGGUCCUAUUUAUUGGUAUGAAAAGAACGCUGCAGCCAUCCUCAGAUAUGCUUACAGGAGAAGUUUGAUGGUGGCCAAAGCCAACAAGAUUCAGUACAUUGCUUUUCCUGCCAUAUCUUGUGGUAAUAACGGGUAUCCUUUAAAGGAAGCUGCUACAGUGGCUAUAUCUACAGUCAAAGAAUUUGCAGAUGACUUCAAAGAGGUGCACUUUGUUCUACUUUUGGAUAAUGCUUACAAGGAUUGGUUGCACGUGACAAGGGAACUACUCUGGAAUUAGCUUGGCUCAACUAUCCACUUCUGAUUUUGCAGAAUAAUUUGAAGUUGAAUUAUCAAAUCCCUGCAUGAAGAUGCUAUUCAUGCACAUGUUAUAGAAACCUGCCCAUUGGAUAAAAUAAACUUUUAUUUAUUUAUGUUUGGAACUAAAACUUGUAGAUUGAUUUGAUAUCCUUUAUAUUCAGAGCAACUCUAUUGAAAACCUGCA